ACAGAGUAUCUUCUUCUUCAACCAAUCUUUUUCGUUCAACCUAAUUUGAGUUUUCUGGCAGAAAAACUUUGAUACAAUUAGCAAGUUUUCUUGGGAAACGUGAAUAUUAGAUUGAAAUCUCGUUUCCCAUUCGUUUCCGGGAAGAAUUCAGUUUCAAAUACGUCUCUAUUCUUCUGAAACGAUUUUGGCGCGUUCCGAAAAGCGUUUCCCGGUUAAAAUUACUACCAUGGAAGAAGUUGUUCAUACGGAGAAGAAGAAGAGAACAGGGAAAAGGAAGAUCGAAAUUAAGCCAAUAAUCAACAAAACAAGCAAACAAGUAACAUUCUCGAAGCGUCGAACAGGGUUAUUCAAAAAAGCAAGUGAAUUGGGUUUAUUAUGUGGGUCUGAAAUCGCUAUUAUCACCUUCUCUGGUGCUGGUAAACUCUUCUCCUUCGGUCACCCUACUGCCGACGCUGUUAUUCAUCGUUACAUUAAUCAAUCCAACUGCAUAAACGUCGAAAAUAGUAACGACGAUAAUGGUAAUUACAACGAGAAUAACUUUGGUCAACUGUCGGAGCAGUACAAGAAGGUUCUGAGCAAUAUUGAGGUGGAGAAGAGGAAGGCUGAUGUUGCGCCAUCAUCGUCGUCGUCUAAUGGUGGUUUAGGGUUUUGGUGGGAUCAGCCGAUUGAUAAUUUAGGGGUUUUUGAACUUGAACAAUUAAAGAAUUCACUUGAGGGUUUUAGGGAUGAAAUUUGUUCGAGAAUCGGUUCGAGUUUGUUUGACGAUAUUGAUUUUGGAAAUUAGGGCAUGUUCUUAAUUAGGGUUAAAUUUAAUAGUUAGUUAGUUAGUUAGUUAGUUAAUUAGCAUUAUCGAUCUAGUUUAAAUUUGAUCAAAUCUACUAUAGAACCCUUGAUUUUUUGGGAGAUGGAAUCGAUCAUAUCUAUCAGUAAUUUCUGUGAUUUUGCAACAA